CGGGUGGGCGACAUACGCCAUUUUGCAUCGUAUUUUCUCUUAAAAACCGUCAGUGCGUUGCUACAUCCGACAGUUUUUGCAAAAUUCAAUGGUUUAAAGACAAUUGUCUAGUUGAAAAAGAACUUAUUGUGGCGCGGUUUGCACGCGUUUUUCUUUGCCGUUAUUUUGAAAGCAAGCAGUGAGGGCGCGGGGCCAUUAUAAAGAGGCAAGAGGCGUCCCCCCUUGCGUCGAUACCUCCUCCAUCUUGUCCCCGUUCCACAAUCCUUGAUAAUAAUGUGCGCGAAAUCAGAAGAUGGUGUCCAAUUUCGGCCGUCUAGUUCUUCAUCAGCUUUAUAAAUCACGGAUUAAUUAAAGUUCAUCAUCGAAGACGUUCAUUUAUUCUCAAUUUUGAAUUGUUUCAAGGUGGCCUUCAACGGCCCCGGAAGAUGCUCUGAUGAGUCACCCUUCCCCGCCUAUGCUAGACAAUGAAGACCACUGCGAGGGAUUGACAGGUGGUUAUCAGUGAACAAAAAUGAAUAGUGAACAACAUUCGCUGCCAGCGACUACGCAGGCACAGCAAGAGGAAGUAAACACUGGUCAAAGUGGUCGUCCUUCGUAUCCGGGUGGUUUGCCUGCAACAACCAGCCUUGGAAAUGUAGGAAGCACGCCGCAUUCGUCCGCGGACCUUCGUGUAGGUACAGCAGUAGCGUUAGCUUCCUCGGUAGCUAAAUAUUGGGUCCUCACGAAUCUAUUCCCGGGACCGAUACCGCAGGUCUCAGUUUAUCACCAUCCCCACCAUAACGCCUCGCAUAGAGGUGGUGGAGGUGGCGAAACUCCUGCGAAAGAAUCACCGUCCGCUCUCAAUCAGGAAAUGGCACUGGCAACGAGCUCCCAUCACCAGAACACAUCAUCUCAUCAACAUCAUCAUCAACCACCCGUUACCACCAGCAGUCAUCACAGUUCGUUGCAGUCUAAUCCCCAGAUUCCCGUCUCACUUCCUGGUUUGAAUUUGGAUGGAAAUCACAUACCGGCGAGUCAUUUACAAGCAGCACACGCUCAAAUGCAGCAGCAGAUGCAGUCCCAACAGCAAAUGCAUCAACAACAGACACAACAGCAACAGCAGUCGCAUCAUCAGAUGCAGAAUCACCAAAAUGCCCAAAAUAAUGCACAAGCAGUCCAAAAUCAGAAUUCCCAAAGAGACGAUAAAGUGAAAGACGAGAAUGGAAGUUGUACCACUGAACGAUGUAGUGACAAUCAAGUACACUGUCAGGUUCAAUGUGAUCUUCAAUUGCAAGCACCUCAGGAUUUGCAGCAAACUCUAAUGCAGCAGCAGAUUGGUGUCAAUAUCGGCGGCAACUCCGGUGACAAUGGAAAUCCUAAUAAUUCGGAGAAAGCUGAAAAGAAGGAGGAUAUGCGCCAAAUAAAUAUGGCACAAUUCCAAGUUCCCGAUUUAAAGCCCGGCGGUCACAUGAUGGAUGUAAGAACUGCUGAUGGAUCAGUAGUCAAAAUCAGCGCUGGAAAUGAGCAAGAUUUGGCGAAAAGUCUUGGCGUCGAAAUGGUGCAAAAUAUGUAUAAAGUGAAUGUAGAGGACAUUAAUCAGCUUCUGACGUACCACGAAAUUUUCGGAAAGCUGCAGAGUGAAAUCGCGGCGGGAACAACUUUAGUCGGUGGGACCGUGCCCACACAGACAGUUACCACAAUCCAAAAUGGAGCACCAAUAGUGCAACAAGUUCAGUUAAAUAAAUUUGACAUUAAGACCAGUGACGGAGAAGCAACGCCAGGACCGAGUGCAUCACCAGUGUCCGUUGGCAGUCACAAUUGUGACGUCUGCGGAAAAAUAUUUCAAUUUCGCUAUCAAUUGAUCGUUCAUCGAAGGUAUCAUACAGAGAGAAAACCGUUUACAUGCCAGGUUUGCGGAAAAGCGUUUUCCAACGCGAACGACUUGACCCGCCACGGCAAAUGCCAUCUGGGAGGAUCAAUGUUCACCUGUGCUGUAUGCUUCCAUGUUUUCGCAAAUGCUCCAUCUUUGGAACGCCAUAUGAAACGUCACGCAACUGAUAAGCCAUACAAUUGUACAGUUUGCGGCAAAAGCUUCGCUCGGAAGGAGCAUCUCGACAAUCAUACUCGCUGCCAUACUGGAGAAACACCAUAUAGAUGUCAGUAUUGCGCCAAAACAUUCACACGCAAAGAACACAUGGUGAAUCAUGUUCGCAAACACACUGGCGAAACACCCCAUCGAUGUGACAUUUGUAAGAAAAGCUUCACAAGAAAGGAACAUUUCAUGAAUCACGUGAUGUGGCACACUGGAGAGACCCCCCAUCACUGUCAAGUUUGCGGUAAAAAGUACACUCGCAAAGAACACUUGGCUAACCACAUGCGCUCUCACACCAAUGACACUCCCUUCCGAUGCGAAAUAUGCGGUAAGUCGUUUACAAGGAAGGAACACUUUACGAACCACAUUAUGUGGCAUACGGGCGAAACACCACAUCGUUGUGACUUCUGUUCAAAAACAUUCACACGAAAGGAGCAUCUUCUGAAUCACGUUCGACAGCACACGGGUGAGUCUCCACAUCGAUGCGGCUUCUGCUCCAAAUCGUUCACCAGAAAGGAACACCUUGUUAAUCACAUCCGCCAACACACAGGUGAAACACCCUUCCGCUGUCAGUACUGUCCGAAAGCUUUCACCCGAAAGGACCAUCUGGUGAAUCAUGUUCGCCAACAUACGGGUGAGUCACCGCACAAGUGUCAGUAUUGCACCAAAUCGUUCACGAGGAAGGAACAUUUGACCAAUCACGUGCGUCAACACACAGGCGAAUCACCGCAUCGAUGUCACUUCUGCUCUAAAUCUUUCACCCGCAAGGAGCAUUUGACGAAUCAUGUACGCAUUCAUACCGGAGAAUCACCACAUAGAUGUGAAUUCUGCCAGAGGACAUUCACCAGAAAGGAGCAUCUCAAUAAUCAUCUACGUCAGCAUACCGGAGAUUCCUCUCACUGCUGUAACGUUUGCUCCAAACCCUUCACACGAAAGGAACACCUUGUAAAUCACAUGCGUUGUCAUACCGGGGAACGUCCAUUCGUUUGCACUGAAUGCGGAAAGAGUUUCCCAUUGAAGGGCAAUUUAUUGUUCCACAUGCGAUCGCACAACAAAGGAAGCAACGCAGAAAGACCGUUUCGCUGUGAUCUAUGCCCCAAGGAUUUCAUGUGCAAAGGACACUUGGUGUCUCACAGAAGAUCUCAUUCUGAUGAGCGACCACACAGUUGUCCAGACUGUGGCAAGACUUUUGUCGAGAAAGGCAAUAUGCUUCGACAUUUACGAAAACACGCCGCCGAAGGACCACCAACCCAAGUAAGCACUCCCUCGGUAAUUCCACAAUCAGCAGCCAUGCCAAUUCCAGCGGCAGCCGCUGUUCUCGUUGGACAUCCCCUCACGCAACCCGCGCCUUCCGUUGUACCUCAACACACCGUUGUCGUACCAACUCCUCCCGGUGUAUUAGCUUCUUACUAAUCAAACUUCUAUCCGGUAAAAAUCUAAUUUACUUUUUUUUUCUUUUUGUUUCAAUUUAAAAUUCUGUUUUCAAUGUUAAGUCAAAUUAUCAAAGUGAUUUUAAUUUUUUGUUGAUCUAAUUUACUUUCUUUCUGUACUUUUAGAUAUAUUUUUCUUAAUAUUUCACGUAGAAGAGAUUUAUAGCUUCCCUAGAAGAAAAAAACAUUUUUAAAAAGCGAGAUAUGUCUUCUUUAUUAUAUUGUUUGUUGUUAUUCUUAAAGUAAGACAAGCAAUUUAAAGUCGAAACCUUGUAACCAAAUAUAUCAAUCAAAAUUCUCGGUUCUAGUUACCACUAGGACGGGAAUUAGUUGCUUUAUUAUAAUUAUGGAAAACUUUGUAAAAAAAACCUUUAUACGGCUAACGAGUCCAAUUUUCAAUAGAAAAAAAAGAGUUCUUUGUUGAGACUUUCAAGAUGACAGUGAUCGCGCACUGAUGACUGAUUUUUAUGUCAAUAGAGUAUUAGAUAAACAUCUUGCACAAUCUCUUUGCUUCCAGGAAACUCGAUCGAAAUCUAAUUAUUAUAAAAUCUAAUUAUUCUGAAACAAUUCUUUCAAAGAAAUUAAAAUUAAAAUAAGAAUCUUUAUAUAAUUAUGAAAGAUAUCGAGUCAAUAUCAAUAACACAGAUUAUGGCCAUAAUCAGGUGAAAGAAAAAAAUUGUCAAAGAUUUCGAUUAGAGUUUCGGUUGCUUUCUUUUUACACCAACGGUUAACAUUUAUCUUUUUUAAAGGGAAUCGCUUUUUAUUCUAUGGUGUCUUUAGAUUUAACCAAAAAAAAGCAAAAUGUAAAUCGUAGAAAAUAAGUAUCGCGUUCAUCCACGUGAAAUAUCUACUUUUACACUUUUUGAUUAGCGCAAAAUGAUAGCGUGCGUUAUUAAAUGCUAAAAGUAAUAAUAAUAAUGUGUGGAGUAAUGUAAUAAUUAAAAAGUGGUAAACGAUGUCAAAAAAAAAA